GGCGCGGCGCGGGUGGCGGAGCUCCGCCUCUGGGGGUUUCCCAGCGGCGCCCCCCGCCCGCCGCCCCGCCUUGCGGCGGUGCCACCGGCCGAGCCUGGGCCAGCGCCCGGAGCCAGGAGGGAGGGCGCCGCCACCUUGCGCUCCCUCCUGCGCCCACCACACCGGCUCCGCGUCUCCCCAGCCAGCGCCCUCCGGAGAAGCAGCGAGAGGAAGCGAAAGUCAUCGAGAAACUCGCUUGAUUCCACUCUCCGGAACUGCUGGAAUCAGUCUGCUCCCAGCGGCACCGAGAUGGUACCCGGCGGGAGUCCCAGCGCCUACGGGCCCAGCCUCCUCCUGCUAAUGCUGCUGAUCCUUCCAGGCAAUUGCAACGAGGGCAGCAAAGCUGGAAGAUGUCCCUGCAGGAAUAAGUUUUCUUCCAACUCUCCGCCAACGGCUAAACAGUUGGAGAUUUUGCGAAAUAAACUGGACACGUACGAUCAAUGCUUUCCCUAUGUCAGGUUCCAUCUUCGUACCAGUCCCCAGCUCAGGUGGAACGUGUGUGGGGGCAGCCAGGACCCAUGGGUGCUGGACUUGAUUAGCUGCUAUGAAAAAAAAGAGUGUGGAUAUGCUCACUCCCAAUCCCAGAGCAUGGCUGCCCAGCAACAUUUACCCCCAUCCAACAAUCAGGCUCCUGAGUCCACAGAAAAGAUGCCUUGGAAUACCAGCACUCCUACCCAGACUGCCCCCUCACCCACCCUGCAGUCUACUCAGCAGCCCACCCUGCCAGCAGCAACACCAUCCAUCGACAAAAAUUUCACUCACAACAAUGAAACCACAACUUCCACGGUGGGUCCAAGUCUGCAGGAAGCACUUGAAAUUAGGGAGCAAGAAAAAGGAAAUAAGGGCUCUGCAGCCAGGGAGUCAACUUUAGUGGCAGUGCCAUCCCUGUUGGUAAUUGUCUUCCUCCUCAUGUUGAUAAUUGUCUUCCUCCUCCUAUACAUGCAACGCAAGAAGAGAACAACGCACAACUCUCCAGAAUCCCCUUGGCACCAGAUUCCACUGCUUAAACAAAGAAUGGAAACCUGUGAGGCUAGCUGAUGAUUUGUUCAAUACCACGGGCAUUAAAUUCUUCAAUCUGAAAAUGUCACAAAAUGUUAUGCUAGAAUCAACUAUCCUGGUUUUUUUUUCUCUUUUGCGUUAUCAUGUCAAAUAUUCCUUUACGAAAUAAUAAUUCUUUGGAGAAAUUCUUCUUAACUUAUUUAAGUUAUUAAUUUAUUUAUGUUUGUGGCCCACUUCUGACCAUGGUGGGGUGAUGUUUGGGUCUGUAGUGUUAGGGAGUACCCAGGGACGUACCACACUGUGCCUGGGUGAGGCAUGUGGUCCAGGGAAUCACUUAGGACUUCACCACAUGUGGGGCAUGUACUCGACCAUUUGAAUUAUUGACUCCUUCUGCCGAGACUGGUCUCGUUCCCUUGCCCCUUACCAUGAUUUCUGGUACCAGCUUCUCAGCUGGUGAUUCCCCUUUGUUCCAAGACUCUCUAUGAUACACCAGCUAUUCCUUCCAAGUUCUGAAA